AUGAAUGUCAGUCUAGAGAUUGCAUUCAACAUGAAAACGUCAAUAUAUUCCACGUACCAAGUAUUGAAACUGUUGCGACAAACAGAUUUUCAAUGGGCAGUGAAACUCCAUCGAUAUAGUUUAGAAUUCAUCGGGCUUUGGCCCAAAUCCAAGCAAACUAGUUGGGAAAAACGCAUGUGCAAUUUACGUAUACUUUUUAUACUGUCGAUAAUAAUAUUUCUUAUACUUCCUUGUGUGCAUUCUCUAAUAAGGAUUCAUUCAGACAUUAUACUAUUGAUGGAUAAUCUGCAAUAUACUUUAGGGAUGAUCAUCAGCGUGCUAAAAAUUAUAAUUUUUUGGUGGAAAAAAACAGUUGUCUCACCGAUAAUAGAUAUGAUUGCAAAUGAUUGGACAAAAACAAAUACAUUUAACGAAAGAAUAAUAAUGAUCGAGAGAGCGCGAACUGCACGCAUAAUCGUUACAAUCGCAUAUGUUGUAAUGGGAGUAGGUACAUUAAGUACAAAUGGUUUGCCCAUUUUUGGUUACUCGACAAGAUAUAUUACAAAUAUCACUGAUCCAGGCAGAUUAUUACCAUUUCAAACUUAUUAUAUCUAUGACGUGACCAAGAGUCCGCAAUACGAGAUAACAUUCAGUUAUCAAGUCAUCGCCAUGAUUCUAUGCAUCAUACCUUACACAGGGAUAGAUAAUUUCUUUAGCCUCCUAAUAUUCCACAUUUCCGGUCAGCUGGAUAUUCUGAACAACCGCCUCAAACAUCUGAGUGACAUCGCAAAUUAUAAUGAUAUUCUAAGAAGUGUCGUGAAGGAUCAUAUGCGACUACUUAGAGCCAUUGCCAUUAUAGAAGACACAUACAAUAUAUUGUUCCUUGCAUUAUUUAUGUUAUUCGGUGUUCUUUUCAUUUGCUACGGAUUCUUGUUGACAAAUAUGUUCGAAGAUGGAUUUCACUUAUCACUUUCUCAAUUGGCAUAUCUCAUAACUGUCGUUGUAAAUAUAUUUGGUCACAUGUGCAUGUAUUGUGCUCUCGGAGAAUUUUUAACAGCUCAGUGCGACCAAAUUCAUUUCGCUGUGUAUUCAAACAAAUGGUAUAAUAUGGAUCCAAAAAAUGCGCGGAGUUUAAUUCUUCUUUUAAUCAGAACCAAUAAACCUCUUCAUCUUAGCGCUGGUAAAGUGUUUCCCUUAACAAUGGCCACAUUUUGCGACCUCUUAAAAACGUUAGCUGGUUAUAUAUCUGUUUUGCUUACAAUAAAAAAUUAA